AUGUGCUGGUCAAGAAUAUUCUUAUUAAUUUUUCUUUUAAAUCAAAGAAUUCAUCGAGGAUGUGGAGAAUAUCUACAGACUAUUCUUGUACAACCAAAAUCUGUUGAAGUUCCACUUGGUAAAACCGUCGUUCUUGAUUGUACUGUAUUUAAUCAGUAUGGUGAAAUUGCUUGGUGUAAAGAUGGUCAUUGUACGAUGGGUCGAGAACGACCAUUAUAUUUCAUUCCUCGAUAUGAAGUCAUCGGUGAUAAACAAGCUGGUAUUAAUAGUUUAAAAAUUCGAGAUGUUAAUCUUGAUGAUGAUGGCAUCUAUCAAUGUCAAAUAGGCCGAACAAUUGAAGCUCGUGAGGUUCUUUCGAAUUUCGCUAAUUUAACUGUUCUUAUUCCACCGAAUCAAAUCUCUCUUACUUACGUACCACCUGGUAUUGCUAUUAGUGGAAAAGAAUUUAAAUUAAAAUGUGAAGUACUUAAUGCAAGACCAUCAGCAACAUUUACGUGGCAAAUACCAACGAAUACACAUAUUGUAAAUAUUUCACAACUCAAUGAACCUAUGACAACAAAUAGUAAAUUACUGGCAUCAAUUUCAAUUAUAACACUAGUUGCUGAUAUUAGCCAACAUGGACAAGAAAUAACAUGUGAAGCUGCACAUGUUGCAUUGAAUAAAUCGUUGACAUCAACAGCAAUAAUUGCUAUUGAUUAUCAACCUGUUGUUAAAAUAGUUUUAAAGCCAACAAAAAUGUAUGAAGAUAAAGAUUAUUGGUUCGAAUGUACAGCCGAAUCUCGACCACCAAUCACGGAACUUGUAUGGAAAACAAAUGAUACCAUACUUCAAAGAAUAUCACCUAUACCCGACGGUAGAUAUCCGUUACAUCUAACUGUUACACGUCAAAUGCAUAAUCAACAUCUUUCAUGUUCAGCAUUGAACAGUGCCGGAAUAGCAGAAGAUGUGAUGGUGCUUAAUAUCAAUUAUUCUCCUACAUUUAAAUCUUUUCCUUCGCCGUAUACACUUGCUCGUGUGGGUGACCUGUUAAUGCUUUCAUGUGAUGUUGAUUCAAAUCCACCAGCAAAUAUUCUUUGGACAAAAAAUGGAGAGUUUGUUGGUGGUGGAAGUCAAUAUCAAAUUCCUGAAGUACAUGAAAAUGACUAUGCUGUUUAUGCAUGUAUAGCAACCGUUGGAGGACAAUUUACUAAAAUUGUUGCAUCGACCAAAGUUGUCGCGCCCGGGCCACCUCGUUUUUAUCCUCCACAGCCAGUUCUUGCUUCUCGUGGUUCAGAAGUGAUGCUCAAAUGUCAAUUAGAAAAGCAUAUUGAACUAACUAAUUCAUUUUGGAUAUUUAAAAACGUAACACUCAUAAAUACUAUGAAAUAUACUGUAGUACCAGUACGAGAUAUUAAAACAAUUCCACGCUAUGAAAUGGGUUUAAUUAUACAUAAUGUACAAAAAAACGAUUUCGGUGAAUAUGAAUGUCAUGUUACAAAUCAAUAUGGAACUGAAUAUGCUCGCCUUCGCCUUGAAAAACGAAGUAGUCAUCUUCUCAUGCAAAUUGCUAUCUAUUUCACUUUACUUGUUUUAUUAAGUUUAAUAUUAUUUUCUUCAUAUUUAUGUUGUCAUCAUGCUUUUCAAGUAGAUCAAAAACGUAUAACUUUAGGACGAAUGCGACGAGUUCAAACUUGGCUACAAAGUAAACCAAGCAUGUGGAUUCAUAAUUUAACAGCAGCAGAAAAGAUUCCAUUGACUGUAUAUGAUGUAAAUUCAGGUGUAACUCGAACUACACUUGAUCCACCCGUUGAUAUUAUCGAAUGUUAUGUUACAAUGAUGGAUGAACAGAAACGUCAAAAUUUCAAUCGGCCAUUAUUACCACCGCCACUGCCGCCACCGAUUCUAAUAGAUCGAAUGCCAUUUUGUAAUGAUGAUCAAUCGGAACAGAUCUAUGAAACAGCUGACCCUACUUCAUGGCAUAUCGAUGUUUAG